UCCAUUUUCAAUGUUUUUAUUAACAAAAAUAGAUUCCAAACAUUUUCGUUGUGUUUAACCAAUAAAUGUUACCGUUUGCCUAAUUUUAUACUAUUUAAUUUUAAAUUCUACAUACAUUUCAUGUGUAUAGUGUUUCUUUUUUUUAAGAAAACAUUUUGGUGAUCGUAGGAUCGGUUUUUUUAAAUAUCCGUUUGUUUGGUGAACAUUACAUUGGAUUUGGGUGUUUCGAACGUAAAGGGAGUAAAAUGAAAGAUGUUGCAAAAAGUGUGAUUGAACGAAUAAAUCGUGAUAUUGGUAGCGAUAUUAAAAAUUUACACAAUUGCAAAGCAAUCAGUAGCGAAUAUGCAAAACGUGUUGGCGAAAUCGAAGCAGAACUUCUGAUUGAAGGCAAUGGAAUACCAUCAACUAUUAAAUCGGCAUUGGCACAAUGUCGUGAUUCGAACGAAAUUAUUCAAUUGGAAACCGCAAAAAUUGAUCAAUUUCAAGAGAAACUUAUCCAAAAACUAGACGGUUAUCAUAGCAUUCUUGAUGGCGUUACCAAACAAUUAGAUAAAAUACGAUGUUUGCAACUGUUAGUCGAGUAUUUUAAAAUUUUAAAUGACAUUCAGGAAAUUGGCAAAAGUUUAGCGGCCAAUAUAAAAGAUGAUCAAAAAGCGAUCGGAUUGUAUUUGUCACUGUAUGGCGGCACCGAUUCAGCCAACAGUAUUAUUGGCCGGCUUGAAAGUGUUGAAGCAGUUAAUUUAAGAUCAUACGCAGAACGAACAGCUAUUUAUUGGUAUGAAAUUCUAAAGAAGAAAUUAUCCAAAGACUUUGAAUCGGUAUUGGAUGUUAUUAAAUGGCCAUACCUUGGUUCAGCAUCUACCGAGCUUAUCAAUCCAACCAAGGAUUCGCUUAAUAAAUUAAUGUCAGCGGCGGAACAUCUAUUUUUGCUGCAAUCGCCAGAAGAAAAGAAUGAUUCAUUUAUAUCGAUAACGCCAUCAAUUUUGUGCCAGCCAUUAAGUACACCAGUAGAAUUGCUUGUAAAACCAUUUCGACAAAGAUUUUUGUAUCACUUCACUGGUCCACGGCAAACAAAUCGACCAGAUAAGCCGGAAUGGUUUUUUACGCAGAUUUUAAAUUGGGCCAAAGAUAAUCAUAUUUUUGUUGGAACACACAUUCAACCGGCUCUAAAUCUUGCCGGUCAUUCGGAUAUCAAUAUUCGGCUGGAGUUUGUUCGUGGUUUGGUGCAAUUGGCGGUAGAAAAAUUAUGUAACGAUAUCGAUGAAAUUGUUGAAAAUGAUGCUCUAUUUUCGCAUUUAAUCGAUGAGACAUUGGCAUUUGAGCAAGAAAUUCGUGAUACACUUGGUUAUCCAAGCAGCUAUUGCAGUGCAAUAACUGUUUUAACACAAGCAAAGUACCUGACUAAAUGGCUGGCUAUCGAAGAACAAUUUACAUCAGAUAAAAUGGAUUUAAUUUUAUCACAAUCGUCAGCAUGGUUGUUUAUCGAUCCAAGUAAUUUGGAAGAAUUAAAAAUACCACGAUGUGCCGAUCAAUUUAUUCGUUUGUUAGAUGCAAUAUGUGAACGUUACUGUAAUUUACCACAGCCGGGUCAUCAGUUGCAAUUUUUAAAUUUACAAUUGGAAUUGAUUGAAAACUUUCGCCGUCGGCUAGUCCAUUUACACAGUAAUCCAGAGAAUGGUGUGACCACAACGUGUAUGGUCUUGAAUGCGAUUAACUAUAUAAAUUCGGUGCUACGUGAAUGGGGUGAAAAUGUUCAUUAUCUUCAUUUGUAUGCCGCUUUGUUUGGUCCGCACACCGACGAAAUCAAUUCGGUAUUUGAUAAAGUGGUCGAUGACUUGGAACAAUGGCAACGAAUACUGGUGAAAGAGCUUACAUCAAAAUUAGUUGAUGACAUAAAAGCCAAGUCAAUGGCCUAUCGUCAUGAUAAUUGGAUUUCCAUGUCUGAUCACAAUGCACUCGAACCGUUUAUGUUAUCAUCAACAGCUGGCGAAAUGUUUCAGCUAAUGGUGACAAGUUUGCACAACCUCGAAACUGAACUUUCGAUCAACAUCUUCAAUAUAGCAUUGAGAUUAAUCGCUCAUCAAUUGGACGACUUUUUCAUCGAUAGCAUGAUUAUGAAUACGAAAUUUUCAACUGGCGGUGCAUCACAAUUUGAUUUUGAUAUGAAUCGUAAUCUAUUUGCAUUAUUUGGACAAUAUGCCAGACGACCUGAUUUACUAUUCAAAAAGAUACACGAUGCUUGUAAAUUAUUAGUUUUUCCGUUAGGAAAUGCAAUGCUACUUACCGAAACUCUGAAAAAUGACAUCAAAAGUAAAAGCGAUUCGAAAGGUGCAUUGGCCGAAAUUGGUGUGGUUAACAUUAGCAAUUUAAUGGCAUUGGACAUUCUUGAGCGACGAAACGAUAUAUGUUCGUACUGAUGAUGACAACGAAACGAUGACUUCAAAAACACUCUACCACACACACACACACACAUACAUACAUUCGAUGUUGUUAUCAUUCCAUUUGUUAAUUUCCUUUUUGUUUUGAUUAUGCCUUCAAUGACUAUGUCAAAAACAAGUGUCGGGUGUUUUAUUUUUCUUUUCAUUGUUUUUAUUUCUGUACAAAAAAAAAUCAAUCCCAUGCAAAAAGUGUUGAAUAAAUUAUUUUCAAAUAAA